ACCCAGCCCAAGUUUGUGAGCAAGUGAGUACAGUCAGUCGCAGAUCAGUGGGUCAGAGAGAAGAAAGCACCGUAUGAAAGUUAGGGAAUGUAUUCUUCAUAGACUUGAGGAAUCAGAUAUGUGACUGAUCCUUUAAGAGAUUCACUUCUACAAACAUUAAGUACAGUGUUACUAAGAAGUAGAACACAUAAGAACUUACACAUUAGGGAGAAAAUAUGAGCGAGAAAGAGAAUAGUGAGUGUGAGGAAGAAAAAACUAUCAGCAAUGUCCAUAAGGUGAUGAACAGUGUGACGGGACUGGUGCAUUCUGUGAGAAACAGAUAUGGACCUCAGGAUACCCCCAGGACCACCUAUGAGAUCUUACUGGUAAAUGAAAUGAAGUUUCACAAUGCUGCUAAGAAAAACGAUGUGAAAACCAUGACUGAGCUUCAAGAAGAAAAAGUUAACAUUAAUGCAAAAAAUAAUCUUGAUCGCACAGCCCUACAUUUUGCUGUAGCGGGAAAUAAUGGGGGAGCAGUUGUCUUUCUACUAAGUCAUAAAGCUCGAGUAGAUUUAGCUGAUAAGCAUGGUUUGACAGUCCUCCAUCUGGCUGCAUGGUCUGCUAAUCUGAACAUUGUACAAAUGUUAAUUAAAGCAGGCGCGAAUCAGAAAGCUACAAAUGAGGAUGGGAUGAAUGUUUUGCAUUUUGCGGCUCAGAACAAUAAGAAUGACAUUGUGGAUUAUCUCCUUAAGGAUCUGCAGCUAAAUGACUUAAACGCACCUGAUAAGAAAGGAAGAAAACCGUUUCACCUGGCAGCAGAGAAAGGACAUUUAACCAUGAUAAAUAACCUGCUCUCAGUGGAUCUGUUCACUAAUGAAAAAGACCAGGAUGGUAAUACAGCCCUACAUCUGGCUGCAAUGAAUGGACACUGCGAGGUGUUGGAUGUUCUAAUAGACCUCUGGGAGAACAAGGAUGAGCUGAAUGAGCAAGGAGCCACUCCUUUUUACAUGGCCGUUGAAGGAGGUCAUGAACUUUGUGCCAGUCAUUUGCUGAAAGCUGAAUGCAACAUCAACAUUACAAAUAAUGAUGGUUACAGUGCUUUGCAUGUAGCAGCCCAAAACGGUCAUAGGUCUCUGGUGAACUUUCUUAUAGCCAACAAAAUUGACUUUACUCCAAAGCCUGAUGAUAAAAACCCACCGCUGCACUUGGCUAUUUUACAUGACCAUAUGUCUAUAGUGGAUGAACUUCUAGAGGCUGGAUAUGAUAUUAAUGUCAUCAAUGUGAGAAACCAGAGUGCACUCCAUCUAGCUGCUGAACUCAAGAACACAGACCUGGUGGAAAAGCUUCUUAAGACAGGUUGUGACCUUACAAUUGCAGAUAAGCAAGGAAAAACAGCACUUAAUGUGGCAGCAAGAACCAAUCAUACCCUUAUUGUUGAUAUGAUUAUUAAAGCAGACAGAUACUACACAUGGAAAAUGGGUUUGACUGAAAAUAAUGAACCAAUGCAUCAAGAUGUUUGUUUGACCUUCAAACCAGAUCACUUGGUGAAGACCAGCCAGAUACGCUCAGCAUUUUGGAAUCUUGCCUACAACCAGCUCAAGCCACAUGAAUGGAAGAAACUGGCUCAACGGUGGAAUUUCACAGAAGUUCAGAUAAAAGCUAUAGAAGAACAAUGGACAGGAAAAGCAAGUUACAGAGAACACGGUCACAGGAUGUUACUCAUCUGGUUGCAUGGAAUAUUAUUGGCAAAUCAAAAUCCAAUUAAAUGCUUGUAUGAAGAUCUGAUGCAGACAGGAAAUCCUCAGCUUGCAGAAAACUUUCGUAUUGAAAGCAGUAAUGCUGUUGGGAACAAGAAAUGCAGAAUUUCAUAAUGGAGGCAUAGCAUACAUUUUACAUGACUAAACUAAACUCAAGUAGCCUUACGUUAUAAGGAUCAAAAUACUCCAUAUUGGAGAAAUGUACUGCCUAACAAACAACCAUAUAUUUUUUUCUACCUAAAGACUAUAUUGUAUGAUAAACUCUUCAAUCAAGACUACAUUUAGAAGCCCAGUUACCAUUAGGCAAAGUUUGAAAACAAAUAAGUUCUGGAGAGAAUAGUAAAUAAAAAUAGUACAUAAGAAGACAAAGUAAAAAUAUAAGGAAUGGAAAAUCCUGGAGGACCCAGAGAGAGAAUUACGUAAUAUGAAAGAUGAAAUAAUAUUUAUGAAGACAGAGGGAAAAUGAAUGACAGUUGCAGUGUAGUCAGGUGUGUAACUGUUUAACCUGCCUUGUUGUAUUGUAUUCAGUUUAUGAAAGAGCUAAACCACACUGGGUCCCUGGGCAAAGGCUUUGUCCUUUCUGCAAUAUGACUGGAAGUCAUCCUUCCCCCUUGGUUAGUCUAAGCCAGUUUAUAUGCACUUCCUGUACAGAUAUGGUAACAGGUUUUUCUGUAUAGCAACACUGUGUUGACCAUCUUAAAAAAGCUGCCACCAUAUAUGUAAGAGCAAAUUCAAGCUCCUACCUUACCCUGUUGGGGGCCAGACACGUUGCAGGUGGAGCCUGGAAGCCAUCAACCUAACUCCUGUAGCGACAUCACAAUGGAUUGCAGAACUAAAUGGUGGGGGCCCAGUCUCAAUUUAGAACUCUGAGAUCCCUCUAGUUACGCCCCUAUAUGCAACUAUAAACAUUCCUGCAGAUGUUUUGGGAAAUAAGCUAGGCUAUAGUUUAAUUGUAAACCUGCUGCAAAUAAAUCUGUAACUAUGUUGUAUUAAUUAUUGUGCACACAUUGUUAUGUUGAUGAAACAUUUAGAAAUGGGUUAGGGCAUAUAUAAAUAUUACGUUUGCAAAGACAUUGAUGCACAUAUGUGUUUAAUUAACAAACUGUAGGUUUUUGAUGGAUUAAAUAAUGUUUACCAUAUAAGUAAAACUCAGUAUCUGAAUAUUCAGUAUAGAGUUUUUCACUGUUGUAAGAAGUGUUAUAUUGCUAAUAAAUUUCUUCAAUCUAA